UUCCCUUUCGGUUGACCUUCAAGGAGUUGGAGAGAAUGGCGCAGAGAUCAGAAAGCAAGAGAGACCAAAGUCCAGUUGAUAUUCGUCCUGACAUGAGUGAUCUCAGGAUUGUCCUGGUGGGGAGGAACGCUCCAGAAAACAACCGAGUGGGAAACUUGAUCUUAAAUAAACAAGUGUUUGGAAAGAAAGCACCACAACCUGAUGUGGAGACGUUCAGUGAAAGAGUGGAGAGAAGAAACAUCACAGUCAUCAACACAACUCACCCGCUCAACCGAAGAAUCAAACUACACAAAAUAGCACAGGAAGCAUCAGUGGUGUCUCAUCCAGAAGCUCAUGUGAUCAUACUGGUGCUUCAGCACAAGGAUUUUAGUCAGAAGCAUAGAGAUAUAUUACCUGCUGUGUUGAGCUGCUUUGGAGAACAUGCAAUGAAGCGUACAGUGAUUCUGACUACUGAUGAUGAGAAACACACCAUUAAACCAAAAUCUGUAAAAGAAAAUACAUUUAUUCAAGAAUUAUCUACAGAAUGUGGAGGAGGACAUCUACAGCUUCAAAACACACAACGCUCUCAAAUAUUUCAAAAAGUGGAUGAAAUUAUCACUCGCAGUGGUUUUGAGGACACAAAGCAGGCCUCGUCGCUGGAUCAAGUGGACAAGCCAGAUGUUUAUCACAGAUCUGGAAAACAAAAACUGACAUUGGUGAUGUGUGGAUUUGAUGCAGAACUGCAAUACUCCAUGUCAAAACUUUUACUGGGGACAAACACACCCAUAUCAGUACAAGAUGAGUACAGCUUGGUGUGUCUGAUGAAAGAGAAGAAGAUUCAUGGACGUCAGAUCACUCUUGUGACGCUUCCCGUUCUCAGUCGUCUCUCAGAGGAAGAAGCGAUGCAUCAGACUCUCCGCUGUGUGUCUCUCUGUCAUCCUGGAGUUCAUGCCUUCAUCAUAAUUGUUCCUGUUGGUCCACUGACUGAUGAAAGCAAAGACGAAAUAGAAACGAUUCAGAAGUUAUUUGACUGUAGAGAGCAUUUUAUACUGCUCUUCACAACAGAGCUCACUGUUAAAGCACCAAUGACAGAUUUCGUCAAAUCCACUCCAGAAUGUGAGAGGUUAAUCAGUCUCUGUGGAGGUCAGUACAGAGUGAUGGGGUUGAAGGAACCUAAAAGCUCAAGACAGAUCCCAGAUCUACUGGAUUAUAUAGAGAACAUGAACACUGAACCAUAUUCACUUCAGAUGCAUGUGAAAGCUCAAGAGAACAGAGCCAGAUGUGAACUUAAGAAAGAACUGAGUGAUCUGGAGAGCAAAAACAAAGAGUUAGAGGAGAAACUUCAGUCAGAGGGUACUAAAGAAGUAUUGAAUGAUCAGCGGUGUCUGAGGAUUGUGCUACUUGGGAGGACAGGAAGUGGAAAGAGUGCAACAGGAAACACUAUUCUGGGAAAAGAUACGUUUGUGAGUGAAGCAAGCAUAGAUUCAGUGACAACAGUUUGUAUGAAGGGAGUUGGUGAAGUUGAUGGUCGAUCAGUGGCUGUUGUUGAUACUCCAGGACUCUAUGACACAACACUGAAAAAUGAACAAGUGGUGGAAGAAAUAGUGAAAUGUGUUUCGCUCUUGUCACCUGGACCUCAUGUGUUUGUCAUUGUGUUGAGUGUGGGAAGAUUCACCAAGGAAGAGAAUGAUACUAUGCAGUUAAUUAAGAAGAUGUUUGGUCAUAAAGCUGCUCAGUUCAGUAUCGUCCUGUUCACUGGAGGAGACAAGCUGAAAAAUAAGUCCAUAAAUGAAUAUGUCAGUGAAACUAAAAAUGCUGAAUUCAGGAAGCUGAUCAGUGAUUGUGGAAACCGAUUCCUGGUUUUUAAUAACACAGAAAAACAAGAAAGAACUCAAGUGAUUCAACUGUUAAACAUGAUUGAAGAGGUGAGAAAUAGUAGUCAGGGUCGAUAUUUCACUAACAGCAUGUUUGAGGAAGCAGAGAUGUCCAUUAAAAAGAGAAUGGAGCAAAUACUGAAAGAGAGAGAGAGAGAAAUUCAGGAGCAAAAAGAAGAGUUACAAGCCAAAUAUGAGAUGGACAUAAAUAACAUGACGAAGAGACUCGAGGACGAGAAACAAAGAGCAGAUGAGGAGAAAAUACAAAGAGAAAAUGAGUUCAGACUGAACAAGGAAAAUCUCAUUAAAGAGUUUAAAGAGAAAGAGAAAACAGAAAAGAAGAAAAGAGAGAUUGAAAACCAGAAACGAUCAGAGGAGGUAAAACGACGAAGAGCUGAAUAUCUUCAUAAAAUAGAAGAGAUGAAGAGAGAGAUUGAAAAUCAGAAAUCACAGUAUGAAAAACAGCAGAAAGAAAGAGAAAAGGAAGAGAGAAAGAGAGAAAAGAAAUACAGACAAGAUCUAGAAAAGAUGAAACAUGAACAAGAACGUACUAUAGCAGAGUUUCAGAGGAAACAAGAAGAAGAAACUAAGAAGAGAGAAUCUGAGGAAAGAAAGAAGAUUGAACAAGAAGAGAAAGAGAGAGAAGAAUGGAGAAGAAGAAUAAAAGAGGCUGAGAAUGACAGAAAAGAGACUCGAGAGGAAAUUAAACGACAGCAGAGAAAAUGGGAGGAUGAAAAGAAACGAAAUAUGAGAGAACGAGAGGAAGAAGAAAGAAAGAGAAAAGAGAAACAGGCGGAACAACUGAAAGAAAAACAAGAAGAACUGGAGAAAAUGAGAAAGACAUUUGAAAGAGAGAGAGAAGAAGAAAGACAAAAGAUAGAGGAGGAGAUACAGAAACAGAGAAUAGAAGGAGAAGAAAAAGUGAGAGAAUAUGAAGAAAUGAAAACUGAAAUGGAAAGACAUAAAAGAAUGGAACGAAAGAGAAAACUAGAAGAUGAUGAGAGACAAGAAGAAGAGAGAAAGAGAUGUAAGAAACAAGAAGAAGAGACCAAGAAAAGGGAAAGAGAGGAGAAUUGGAGAAAAGAAAGAGAAGAGAAAGAGCGAAAUGAAAUGAAACAGAAACAUGAAAAGGAAAUGAGAGAGAUGAAUAAGAAACUUGAAGAUGAAGCCAGAAAACAAGCAGAAGAACUGAAUGAUUUUAGAGAGAAAAAAGAGAAGCACGUUCAGGAGCUUCAGCAGAUGCUGGAAGAUCAUCAGAAACAACGUGAAGUACUUGAGAAACUCUACCAACACCUGAAAAAUCAGAAAGGAGAUGAAAUAAAAGAGCUGCAAAAACAAGUUGAAGAGCUGAAGAAUAAAUCAAGAGGAUGUGUCAUUCAGUGAAAAUAUAUAAUGAAAAUCAUAUAUGAAAAAGUUAAGAAUCAAAUAAGAUUAUAUGUGUGUGACAGGGUUCAGAUAAGUAAGGAGGAAAGGGUCGGCUUGACUAAAACUGUGAUUGGAAUGUUGCUCUAGGAUCAACAAGGAUGUUGAUCCAAGAACAUGCUGUACUUGGUGAAAUCACACUCACACAGCUCUCCAGAGCAUUCAGCUUCCACGUCUCAGUUCACAGUUCACAGUCACCACUCUGUCUCUCCCCUCUCUGUCUCCCAUCAGCUUUAUUAGCGGUCUCUCCACACCAAUCACUGCAAUACAUGAAACUGGUGUAUGUUAUUGUACUUGAUCAGUGCUUGAAGUGGGUCAGUACACACUGGUGCGCAGUACCAGCACUUCUAUAUUUUAGUCUUUAGAUUACCUGUACUUUUUUCAUGCAUAACACAACUUCUGACAUGUUGCCAGUACUCAGAGUAAAAUCAUCUGUGUCUUGGUAAUUAGAAAGGACACUAUAUAAAUCACACUACCUAUGUGUCUACCAAAUGUUGACUGUAUUAAAUAGAAUUAAAGGCAUUGUAAAUAACAAUGUGUAAUUAAUAGUAUUUGUAUUUAUUGUAAUGCAUUGAUGACGGUUGUUAUUCUCAACCACAGAAGAAACUCAUGUUAAUAAUUCUGAUCACCUAUUGGAUGGAUUUUGUUCCUCUGAUCAGGAUUUUUACUGCCAAAACCCGUCACCUGAAGCCCCACAAACACAUUUCUUGUCAUGUUGCUGUAAGAACAAUAAAAGUGAAGAAUAUUGUGAAUGAAGAAAGAGAAAAGUGUGUUUCUGAAGAUGUUGAUGUUCAGCUAAAUUUUCAGGUAAAAUGAACACAAGCUCAUGCUGCAUUAAGAUGAAUUAAAUCUGAAUCAGAUCACGUUCAUAUGAACACAUAACUCAUGGUCAAUAUAACGGAGCACAUUAAGAUUGUUGUAGGAUUGUUUUUGCUGGUGAAAAAAAAAGCAUCUGAACCGGUUCUCAGCCCAGAAGUGGAAGUAAAAGUCAAAGGAAAAGGAAAAGCAUUGUUUACAUGUGUGUAAGAGGGAAAGAUUUACCAAACAGACUGAAUUAUCAUGAGACAGCAAUCCUGUAACGGAAGAGGAAAAUAAAUAAAAUAAAUCUUACUUAAAGACAUUUUCUGCAAAUUCUUUACUUUUUAUUAUUAUUAUUAUUUAUUUAUUUAUUUACCACUUCAGUAAGACUCACUGAGAGUUACCUGAGAUUGCUUUGAUGUAGUUCUUCCAACUUUUUAUAAUGUACUGAUCCAUGAUUGAUUGAUUGAUAUAUUUAUUUGUUUUGGUCAUAUGUGAAAUCAGCAAUUCUGAAGUACUAUCACAUGUUUUACUUCUGUUCUGCAAUCUUAUAAUAAAAAUGUUGAUGUUUACAUUUUAAUAACAAGUGAAUAAAAUACUAGACCAUACCAUAAUGUGCAUUUACUGUAAAAGUUUAAAAAGUUCUCAUGAGAGCAUCUAUGGGAUCUAUGUUAGUCUUAUUC